CGAAUUGUCGGGGAUGUUGUGUAGUAGACAGCAGCGCACUUGAACUGCGAUUUGUAGGCGAAGGUGGAGAAGUGCUGUUCCUGUGGAUACUCUCUGAGAAGUUGUGAAAAUGGCAUUGAUGCUAAUGAAGAGUGUCCGUAACAGCCCAGUGACCUCAUCCUGGGUUGGGCAUACUGUGGCCAGAUGUUUAGGCACAUCCACUCACCUCCAGGCUCCAGGUCAACCUAAAAGCAAAAAAACCCUGGCCAAAUCUGGUGUGAAGAACAUCGUUUUAGUGGAAGGGGUCCGCACACCAUUUCUGAUGGCUGGUACCACAUACAAUGAUCUGAUGCCCCACGACCUGGCCAGAGCUUCUCUCCAGGGUCUCCUGACUAAGACCGGCCUCCCAAAGGACGCUGUUGAGUACCUCGUGUUUGGCACAGUGAUUCAGGAGGUGAAGACCAGUAAUGUUGCCAGAGAGGCUGCUCUCGGAGCCGGAUUUUCUGAUAAGAUCCCAGCCCACACUGUAACGAUGGCCUGCAUCUCCUCCAAUCAGGCCAUGACCACCGCUGUCGGCCUGAUAGCGGCGGGACAGUGCGACACCGUGGUGGCCGGUGGAGUCGAGUUCAUGUCCGACGUUCCCAUCCGACACAGCCGCAAGAUGAGGAAGAUCAUGCUAUCCCUGAACAAAGCUAAGACCUUUGGCCAGAGGAUGGCGCUGCUGGGCAAGAUGAGACUGAGCCACUUUGCCCCUGAGCUGCCUGCCGUGGCAGAGUUCUCCACCGGGGAGACCAUGGGUCACUCCGCGGACCGACUGGCAGCCGCCUUCGGCGUGACCCGCCUUGAGCAGGACGAGUUUGCUUUUCGCUCCCACAACUUCGCCAAGAAGGCGCAGGACGCCGGGUUCCUCAGUGACGUUCUCAGCAUCAGUGUGCCAGGGAAGGGCAUGGUUUCCAAGGACAACGGCAUCCGCCCAAGCUCCUUGGAUCAGAUGGCCAAGCUGAAGCCCGCUUUCAUCAAGCCCCAUGGCACGGUCACUGCUGCCAACUCCUCUUUCUUGACCGACGGCGCCUCCUCCACUCUCAUCAUGUCAGAAGAAAAGGCUUUGGCCAUGGGAUUCAAGCCCAAAGCGUAUCUGAGAGAUUUUGUCUUUGUGUCCCAAGACCCGAAAGAUCAGCUUCUUUUAGGGCCCACUUACAGCACCUCGAAGAUCCUGGAGAAGACCGGGUUGACGUUAGCCGAUAUUGAUGUUCUCGAGUUCCAUGAAGCUUUUGCGGGCCAAAUUAUGGCAAACCUGAAAGCCAUGGACUCGGAUUGGUUCGCCCAAACCUAUGUUGGAAAGAAGUCGAAGGUCGGGUCGGUGCCGAUGGAGAAGUUGAAUACCUGGGGAGGCUCCCUGUCCCUGGGCCACCCGUUCGGGGCCACCGGCUGCCGGCUGGUGACCACCACAGCUCACAGGCUGCGCAAGGAGGGGGGGCAGUAUGGACUGGUGGCGGCCUGUGCUGCGGGAGGGCAGGGUCAUGCCAUGAUUGUUGAAGCAUAUCCACAGUGACUCUGAGGUGAGGGAGCCUCUGGAGUCACAGGAGAACCUGCCUGAAGGGUCUUGGUCAAUUGAACUACUUUGCCUGAUGCUAAUAAUCGCUGUAGGGAGGUUGUACUGUCGGAGGUUGCAGUGGCUUCGAGGGUUGGGGAGGUCUGAUAGCAUGUAGCAUCUUGAAAACUGUGUCCCCCCCCACCCCUCUGACUGUAUCAGUGCUUGUGAAAUAAGGCGCUCCGUCCUGUAAUAACAAAUAAGCCUCACUGGGACAAAAUAGUUUGCUGCUCUCUUCUGUGAUAUCAGCAUGUUGAUUUGUACCAACAAUAAACUAAUAUUUCAGUU